CAUGAUGUUAAACCUAAUCAAAUUUGGGAUAGAGAUAUUUACAAGGUCGUUGAAGUUGCUUGUUACUUCCUCACCAAGCACGCCGAUGAGAAAAUGAGAGCUACAGUCGAGGAGCCUGUACGCAUGAUUCAAGGGGCUCAGUAUGACAAUGGGUACAUCAACUCUUUCUAUACGGUCAGGAGAAUCGAUCAGCGUUGGACAAACCUGAGGGAUGACCACGAGCUUUACUGCCUAGGGUAUCUGUUGGAAGCCACUGUGGCGUAUGAAACACUCGCCAAAAGUGGAAGGCUGCUCAAGGUGGCCAACAAGAUAUCUCGGUAUUUCAUCACUGAGAGAGGCCGGCGCGAUGUCGAGGACGAGACCUUUUUCGACGAGGAGGCAUUUGCCCGUGGAGCAGAUCCCUACAAGGACAUGGGAACGGAGCACAAAGCUUGGUUUCAAAAUCCGCGGGACUAUGCUUAUCAUCAGGCAGAUGAGUCUCUCAUCGAUUCUAGCGAGGUCAGGGGCCAUUCCGUCCGAGCAAUGUGA